GUGUUCACCCGUGAAAUGUGCAGACAGAGGGCUGUUGCGCUGUAUGUCUCAAGUGGGCUGGAACUGUUUCACACAAUUUCAACUGAUAAAGCGUUGAAUUUAUUGGAUAACAUGGCAUCACACGGUGACAACGCAGAGGGCGGAGCCAACGAAGAGUUCAACGACAUCAUCAAGUGGAGAUCUGAUGAGCAUGACACAGUACAGAAGAAAACAUUCACCAAAUGGAUAAAUGCACAGUUCUCCAAGACGGGGAAGACGCCCAUCAAGGAUAUGUUCUCUGACCUGAGGGAUGGGAGGAAGCUGCUGGACCUGCUGGAGGGUCUCACUGGCACUGUACUGACCAAAGAGAGAGGCUCCACCAGAGUGCACGCUCUCAACAACAUCAACAAAGUACUUCAAGUCCUGCAUCAAAAUAAUGUUGAUCUGGUAAACAUAGGAGGGACGGAUAUUGUGGAUGGAAACCGCAAGCUGACUUUGGGCCUCAUCUGGAGUAUUAUCCUUCACUGGCAGGUGAAAGACAUCAUGAAGGAUAUCAUGUCCAACCUAAAGCAGACCAACAGUGAGAAGAUCUUACUGAGUUGGGUACGCCAGUGCACCCGCUCAUACCCAGAAGUCAAUGUGCUGAACUUCACCACCAGCUGGUCUGACGGCCUGGCUCUAAACGGCAUCAUACACCACUUCAGGCCAAAUGCAUUCAGCUGGGAUCAGGUGGUCAGACUGAGCCCGGUGGAGAGACUGGAACAUGCCUUCACUGUAGCCAAAGACCAUCUGGCUAUUGAGAGGCUACUGGAUGCUGAAGACGUGGCGGUGCAGUUACCAGAUAAGAAGUCCAUCAUCAUGUACGUGACAUCACUGUUUGCCGUGCUGCCCAAAGACGUGAGCAUGGAGGCUAUCAGAGAAGUGGAGACCCUGCCACGCAAAUACAAAGUGUCUGAGGACUCAGGUCCAGGCCUCAGUGCUCAGAUGGAGGAAGCAGGCAGCAGCCCUCGGCCCGAGACCCCCAGCACCCUGACGGAGACAGAGGGGGAGAUGGAGGGCAGCCUGAUGGAAGUGGACCUGGACAGCUACCAGACCACACUGGAGGAGGUACUGACCUGGCUGCUGUCGGCCGAGGACGCACUACAGAUUCAGGAGGAGGUGUCGGACGACGUGGAAGAAGUCAAAGAGCAGUUUCACACACACGAGGCCUUUAUGAUGGAGCUGACAGCGCACCAGAGCAGUGUGGGUAAUGUGCUCCAAGCGGGUAACCAACUGAUUGCCCAGGGCAACCUGACAGAUGAGGAAGAAGAGGAAAUCCGGGAGCAGAUGAGUCUCCUCAACUCCCGCUGGGAGAACCUCCGAGUUGCCAGCAUGGACCGCCAGGCUAGGCUCCAUGAAGUCCUGAUGGAACUUCAGCAGCAGCAGUUGCAGCAACUUUCUGAUUGGCUGUCACGGACCGAGGAGCGAAUCAGAAAGAUAGAAACAGAACCAACAGCUAAAGACCUGGAGCUCUACAAAGAACAGAUAGAGCAGCACAAAGAGCUUCAGAACGACCUGGAGGCGGAGCAGGUGAAGGUCAACUCUCUCACACACAUGGUGGUCGUGGUAGAUGAGAACAGCGGUGAGAGUGCCACCGCUGCCCUGGAGGAGCAACUACAAUCUUUGGGUGAGCGCUGGGCGGCUGUGUGUCGCUGGACGGAGGAGAGGUGGCACAAGCUGCAGGAAGUCUUCAUGGUGUGGCAACAGCUUCUAUCGGACCAGAGUUUAUUUAGAGCGUGGUUGGCAGAAAAUGAGGAGGCCUUAAGUGAAGUACAGACCAGCAACUUUAAGGACCCAAGUGAAAUGAAUACCAAUGUGCGCCGAUUAGCAAUUUUAAAGGAAGACAUGGAAAAGAAGAGGAGGACUCUCGACCAGCUGUCUGAUGCAGGACAGGAUGUGAUAUCGCUACUGCGGAGCCCUGAGGCGGGAGCCAGGAUUGAGACGGACACAGAGGAGCUGGCACAUAGAUGGGACAACCUGGUGCAGAAACUGGAGGACUGCUCCUUCCAGGUAAUGGAAGCUGUGACGGACGCUGGGAUGACUCAGGUGGAAGAGCAGGUUGUCGUGGAUACAGUUGCUGUGGCUUCGGCUGCUUCGAUCGCUGACCCGGACUUGGCCCCACCUGCUCCCCCUAAGAAACGACUGGUGGAGACAGAUGCAGAAGUCAGACGAUUGUUUGAAAAUAAGCUUUCUGACCUCCUGAGCUGGAUUCAAACAUGGAAGACGUCCGCUCAGACUCUUGCCUCCACACACCCUGACACUACACCUGACACACCAGACCUGCAGGAGAAAAUUAAGGGUUUGGAGUUGGAUCUCACAGCAAAGGAAGCCACAGUUAGUCAAGUGAUCCAAGAGGGACGGGUCUUAAUGGACCAGCUGGAGAGAGAGGGAGUGUGUGUGGACUCAGUGAGGGCAGACAUAGACCUGAUCCAAACCGAGUGGGAUGUGUGUGCGAGGGAGCUGCAGGCAGCCCGUGAGCGAGUUCACACUCAAAGCCGGGUCAGAGCGGUGUCUGCAGAGCUGGCAGACCUGGACAAAGCUUUAGAAGAACAGGACCGGUGGCUGGACUCGACCUCGGCUGUGGAAAACUGCGACGAGGCCGAGCUCAGAAGCCUGAAAGGAGAAUGUCAGUCCCGACUCGUCCAGGGCGCCGCCUCGAGUCCGCGAUUGGAGCAGCUUUCUGCAGAGGCGGGGUCACUAGGAGCCAUGCCCUCUCUGAAAGACAACAUGGUGGUGGUAUCAGCACAUCACGCCUCGACGCUGCAGCGGCUACAACGCAGAGAGCAAGAGGUCAACAAAGCUUUGGCCAGUUUUGAAGCCAAUCAGAUGAUGACUGAGCCAGUGGAGGGUCUCGAGGCCAGACUGGCCACUUUAAGAGAAGGAAUAGAGGACAUCUCUACAGCUGAGGGCGCAGUGGAGCGGGCACAAGGCCUGUGUCUGGAGAUUGAGCAAACGCAGCAAGCCUCCGAUCCUGCAGAACUACAAAGAUGGAGUCAGCUCUCCUCCAGGGCCCGUGAGGAGCUGGGCACACUGCAGUGCAUCGUGGGUAGCAUAAAGGACAAUCAGGUGCGUUUGGUGGAAGUGGGACAUUGGUUGGAUGCGGUUCAGGAGCUUUUGUCUCGUGAUGCCACGGGGUCGGGCAACAAAGAAAGUCUACAGGAAGAGGUUAACCAGUGCAAGGAGUAUGUGAGCGAGAUGGAGUCAGUGGAAGGUUCGUUGAAGCAGAUGGGAGAGAAUGUGAGUGCUGUGCAGGCGACUGCAGUCCCAGGACUAGCCAAGUGGGGGCAGGAUAAGUUGGACGAGUGCAGGAGCAAAUGGGACACGAUCAGCAAACAGCUGCUGAGACAUCAAAAGUGCGUGGGAGAGAAUCGGGAGAGGCAGGUGAAUCUGAGGAAGGACUUGGCGGAGAUGCAGGAGUGGAUGACCCAAGUUGAUGAGGAGUUUCUCAUGAGGGACUUUGAAUACAAGAGUCCUGAGGAGCUGGAAUCGUCGCUGGAGGAGAUGAAGAGGGCUAAAGAGGAUGUGCUACAGAAGGAGGUGAAGGUAAAGAUCCUGAAGGACAGCAUCAACACGCUGGUGUCCAGAACAUCGCCCCCUGGUGGAGGCAAUGCACAGGAGCUCACUACAGAGCUCGACGGGGUUCUAGCCAACUACCACAAGCUGUGUGACCGCCUUAAGAGCAAGUGUCACACUCUGGAGGAGGUUUGGUCCUGCUGGAUGGAGUUGCUUCAGUACUUGGAUAUGGAGCAGAGUUGGCUCAACACUCUGGGGGAGAAGGUCCAAGCUGCUGACAACUUAUCAGAGAGCACUGAGGCCGUCAAUGAAGCUCUGGAGUCUUUGGAGAGUGCGCUUCGCCACCCCGGGGACAAUCGGACGCAAAUCAGAGAGCUGGGUCAGACGCUGAUAGACGGGGGCAUACUAGACGAACUCAUUAGCGAAAAGCUAGAGGCCUUCAAUUCCCAUUACGAGCAACUCAACCACCAGGCGGUGAACAGGCAGAUCAGCCUUGAGCAGCAGCUGCAGACUCUGAAGGAGAACGAACAGGCGCUCCAAACACUGCAAGAGUCUCUGAACCAGCUGGACAACACACUCACCUCCUACCUCACUGACCGUGUCGACGCCUUCCAGCUCCCACAGGAGGCACUGACCAUCGGGGCAGACAUCGCAGCCCACGAGGUGACAGUGGAGGAGAUGAGGAAGAGGAACGUGGCCAACUUGCCUCCCCCCACAACUGAUGGCAAAGCUGCUCGAAGUGGGACCAUGCUGGACCAGCUACAGAGGAAACUGAGGGAGAUCUCCACAAAGUACCAGCUGUUCCAGAAGCCAGCUAACUUUGAGCAGCGCAUGUUGGACUGUAAGAGAGUCCUGGAUGGUGCCAAGGCUGACCUGCACAUUCUGGACAUCAGGGACGUGGACCCGGAGAAAAUCCAGUCCCACCUCGGUGGUUGCAUGAAACUUUACAAGUUGCUGAGUGAGGUGAAGCUGGAGGUGGAGACGGUGAUAAAGACUGGUCGACAGAUUGUGCAGAAACAGCAGACGGAGAACCCUAAGGCCAUGGACGAACAGCUCACUGCUCUGAAACUGCUCUACAAUGACCUGGGGGCACAGGUAACGGAGGGCAAGCAGGACCUGGAAAAAGCUUUGUCUCUGUCUCAGAAGUUCCAGAAGGAGAGCGCCGGCCUGGAGGAGUGGCUGACCACCAAUGAGGCUCAGCUCCAGCAGAAGAACAGCUGUGGAGACAUGCCAGCGGAAAUUGAUGCUGAGAUCGCAUGGGCUAAUGGCCUGCUGAAGGAGUCUGAGCGUCGUAAGGUGGAGCUGUCCAGCCUGAUGGAGACCAGCGCCGGUGUGCAGACUCUGGUGGAGGGCAGCGAGGCUCAGCUGGACGACAAACUCGGUGGCCUCAAUGAAGCCUGGAGACGUGUCCACACCUGGACCGAGGACUGGCUCAGUGCUGUGCUGAGUCACCAGAAUGAAGUGGAGAUUUUAGAUGAGAACGUGGCUCACAUCAGCACCUGGCUCUACCAGACCCAGAUCCACCUGGACGAGGCCGAGCGGCUCGCCCCGUCGGAGAAGGAGAAGGUGGUAAAGCGCAUGCUAGAGGAGCUGGAGGACAUCGGUCUGCGCGUGGACAACGUGAGGGACCAGGCCAUCAUCCUGAUGACCAGCAGGGGGCCCGCCUGCCGAGAUGUGGUGGAGCCCAAACUGGCUGAGCUCAACUGCAACUUUGACAAAGUCUCCCAACACAUCAAAACUGCCAAGAUGAUGAUCAGUCUGGAGUCGGGAGGUGUUGAGUUGAUCCAGCAGAUACCUCAGCAGGUCAUUCACAGCCAGGUGAUCAGAGCAGAGAGUCCGACUCGCCACGCCAAGGUUCUGGUCUCCAGUGAGGCGAGGGACCUGCAGGCGGAGCUCCAGGGCACACUUAGGGCUCUGCAGCAGCAGCACGACCCGACAGACAUCCUGGAUGAUGACAAGAUGGACGAGGAGAAAGCCAGCGUGGAAGACUUGCUGAGAAGAGGAGAAGAACAGCUGCAGCAAACUUCAGACGACGGCCAGAGGGAGGAGUUGAGACUUCUGCUGCUCCGGCUGCAGAGCCAAUAUUCUGCUCACAGGGAGUUAAGGGUACUACAAAUCAGGCAGUUUGAAGUCUCUGUGGAGUCGUCGUCUACUCGCAUCUUCACAGAGCAGAUAAGAGAGUUUUCAGCCGAGGAGAUGUCUUCAGUGGAGCGUAGCAGCGCUCUUUCACUGAGUCCCUCCGACUACCUGUUGGGCAUCAACAAAGUGCUCCUCGCCAUGGCCGACAACGAGUUGCUUCUGAACUCCUCUGAGCUCAGCGGGGGGCUCUACGAAGACUUUUCCAGCCAGGAGGACACACUGAGGAAUAUCAAGGAGAAUCUAGAGCGUGUUGGUGAUCACGUCACAGGGAUACACGAGCGGCAGCCCGAUGCCAUUUGGGAAGCUUCGCCUGCUGAGGUGGCGCAGAUCGGAGACGCCCUCACACAGCUCAAUGCAGAGUGGGACCGCCUCAACCGCAUGUACAACCACCGCAAGGGGAGUUUUGACCGCGCCGUAGAGGAGUGGAGGCAUUUCCACUGUGACAUGAAUGACCUGAACCAGUGGCUGACCGAUACAGAGACGCAGCUGUCGGAGAGUGUUGGCCCUGAUGGACAGCUGGACCUGACCUCUGCACGACACCACCAAGAGGAGCUGGAGGAAGGUCUUGUCAGCCACCAGCCCGUCCUGGCUGAACUGACCCACGCUGGGGAGCAGAUAAUUGGGCACCUGUCGUCCCCCGACGGAUCCCUGCUCGAAGAAAAGCUGGACACACUCGGUCAUCGUUGGAGAGCGGUCAACCGCCAUGUCCUUGAGAGACAGCGCAGGCUGGCUGGAGGAGAUCCGGCCCUGUCAGAUUUGGUGAGGAGACGCGAGGAGCUGGCUGGAUGGUUGGAGGAGGCAGAAAAUGCUGUCAGCUCUUCACCCGUCACUGCCACUGACAACAACCUCAAAGAACUCCAGGCCAUUGCCGAGGAGAUGGAUGCACAGAAUGAACGUCUCGGGUGGGUUAACAAGCACGCCCCUCAGAUCCUGGCCAGUCCAAGUGUGAGCCCUCAGAGCAGGGACCAGCAUGUUGGCAAACUGAGAGUCAUCAACCUCAACUGGAGCAAGGUGACUCAUGAGUUGUUGGACAAAGUGGGGGAGGUGGAGACAAACCUGCAAAGUCAUGCCCAGUUCCAGGACAGGAUGAACAGACUCACCGACUGGGUCGUCGUCACACACCAGACAAUCAUGACCAGAGGCCUGAACCCGGGCCAAGCACAGGCUCUGGAGGCCUCCAUGAAGGACAGGAAGAAGGAUCUGGAGGACCUAUUGGCUCAUUCUAUCGAGCUACAGCGACGACAGCAGCUGUUGCCUCAGGAAAAGAGUAAAGUGGAGGAGCUGGCAGGUGAUUGGAAAGCUCUGGAUGGUCGACUGAGGGAAUCUCUCCAGCCGCCCAUCUCUCCCUGGACACAGCACCAUGUCAUCCAGCACCAGCAGCUUGUGUCUGCGGUCCCCUCAGCCGUGCAGAUGGCCAGCCUGAUGAGCGAGGACCCCCACCACCAAACCCCGCACACACCAGACACCGUGGCGCCCACCGACCUCAACGAGACAGCCACAGAACUGGCAGACUGGCUUCUCCUCAUCACACAGAUGCUAAAGUCUAAUAUUGUCACUGUGGGGGACACAGAAGAGAUCAGGACUAUUAUGGGACGUCUUCAGGUAACGAAGAGUGACCUGGAACAGCGUCAUCCCCAGCUAGAGGACAUUUUCACACUGGCACAGAACAUCAAAAACAAGACCUCUAAUCUGGACAUCCGCACAUCCAUUACUGAGAAACUGGAGAAGGUACGCAGCCAGUGGGACAGCACUCAGCAUGGUGUCGAGGCACGGCUCCAGCAGCUGGACAACAUGAUUGGCCACAGCAACCAGUGGGAGGAGCAGAGGAAGGAGGUGAACGCUCUCAUUGGGCACAACGAAGGACGUUUCCACAACCUUCUACAGCAGUCCAGCGAUCCCCUGACUAAACAGCUGGCUGAGAACAAGGCAUUCCUCCAAGACCUAGGUCGAGGCCAAGCUGCAGUCGUGGCCUUUAACGAGCUGUCCAAUCAUCUUUUACGGGAGUAUUCUAACGAUGACACCAGGAGGAUCAAAGACGUCACAGAUAUGCACAACGCUGCCUGGAACAGCAUCAAUAAUAGAGCGAGUGACCGCCAUGCCCAUCUGGACAAUGAGCUGAAGGGCCUGCAGUUGUCUCUAAGGGAGCUGGAGUCCUUCCUCAAAUGGCUCCAGGAGGCAGAAACCACAGUCAACGUUCUGGCCGACGCCUCCCAGAGGGAAGACCUGUCGCAGGACUCCACCCAUGUGAAGGAGCUGAGGCGACAACUGGAGGACAUCCAGGCUGAGAUCGAUGCCCACAAUGACAUCUACAAGAGUGUGGACGGGAACAAGUCGAAGAUGGUCAAGGCUCUGGGCAGCUCAGAGGAAGCUGUGUUCCUCCAACACAGACUGGAUGACAUGAACCAACGCUGGAGCGACCUGAAGGCCAAAUCGGCCAACAUCCGAGCCCAUCUGGAGGCGAGUGCAGAGCGCUGGUCUCGUCUGCUGGGCCUCCUGGAGGAGCUGUGGAGGUGGAUCUGCAUGAAGGAUGAGGAGCUGGCCAAGCAGAUGCCCAUCGGAGGAGACGUCCCCAUCCUGCUGCAACAGCAAAACCACUGCACGUGGUACCUUACCUCCCUCCCUCCCUCCCUCCGAUUCUCUUACAGUCCCGUCACCCUCAUCAGCAUGUGUCCGGAGCAGUAUGAGCUGUCCCAGUCACCUCAGCUCUCUCAUGAUGACACCCACUCCAGGAUAGAGCAGUAUGCCAGCAGGUUGGCCCAGAUGGAGCGAUCCAACGGCUCUCUGCCCACAGACAGCAGCUCAGCCACAGGAAGCAUGGACGACGAGCAUGCCCUGAUCCUGCAGUACUGUCAGACGCUGGGAGGGGAGGGCUCCCCCUGCAGUCAGCCCCAGAGUCCUGCCCAGAUCCUACAGGCCGUGGAGAGGGAGGAACGAGGGGAGCUGGAGCGGAUCAUAUCUCGUCUGGAGGAGGAGCAGAGGAGCCUGCAGAGGGAGUAUGAGCAGAUAAAGGAGCAGCACGGCCAGCGAGGGCCGCCUGCUGGAGGCCCCUGGGAUUCGGAGGGUACUUUUACCCAUCCCGAUGAGGCCGAUCUUCUAGCUGAGGCCAAGCUGCUCCGGCAACACAAGGGCCGGCUGGAGGCCCGCAUGCACAUCCUGGAGGAACACAACAAACAGCUGGAGUCUCAGCUGCACCGCCUCCGACAGCUACUGCACCAGCCGGAGAUGGACUUGAGAGUAAAUGGAGUGUCCUCUCCAACUGGGCAAGAACGAGGGCCACUUACUGAACAUUCAGAUGAGCUGCUGGACUCCCAUAACAGCAGCUCUGACCUGGCAGAUGUAAUGGAACAGAUUAACAACUCCUUCCCUGCAUGCAGUCCCUCGAGCCUCUCCUCAAGACCACAGGUGAUGUGAGGACAGUCACCACAGAGGAUGGCGUGUGUUUGUGCGUGCACAGUUGUGAGUGUGUGUGUGUGUGUGUGCGCAGUAAAUGUCGAGAGGAGACCAUUCCCAAACAAACAAUUCCCCCCGACCCUAAAUCCCAAAGACGCACAGGACCAGACAACUUAACUACUUUUACCACCUUGUCUUGUACUAUGCAAACUGUAUAUUUUAUGAACUGUAGAUUGUACCUGAACUUGGUUCAACAUUUGUCAGUGAUUUGUUUAGAUAUGCAGAUGAGUACAUGGACACGGGGCUUUGUAUAGUAAAAUAUGCUUCUUUUUAUUUUGGGUUUUUCAGAGGGCGGUUUGUGUGUCGUUCUUGUUAAGUUCUGCCCCCACUGGGAAUCAAACUGUUACAUGUUUUUUGUUUUUUUUUGUCAUUCCACUGCUUUGUACCCUCCAGCCCACAGUUGUUAAUUAUUUGUCAAUAGAAGUAGCCACAGGUUUUCAUUUUUGGGAGCACGCACAGUUCCUGACUAAUAACAUCUAGUGGCCAAAAGGAUCAUUUUAAAGGCUGUGUUUCUUCUCAAAGAGUCUGUUUUGUUUUUUGAUCUUGUAGCAUGCUCGAUGUCAAGUUCCCCUUUAAAGCGUUGAUGUGCCGGCAGACUUUGUGUCGACUUCGAUUUGUUAAUGUAAACUUUACCCCUUCUGUGCCUAUACAGUUUGUCAUUCCACGUGUGGAAGACAGAGAUAAGAGUUGAUGAAUGAAAGUGGAAUUGUGUAUAAAGAGAGACAUUUUGGAGAAUAAAAAUUUUAAUCUAAAAUUGUUCUGAAAUUGGGUUUGUCAGAGGCCCGCCGUCAUUAUGUAGAAUAGUUUUUUUUUUUUUUAAAGAUAUAUGUUCAGAAAUCAGAGGAAAGCCAUGAUUGCCUUGCUACCUCAGACUCAUAGACACAGUUUUGUUUUCGUGGUUUGUAAACUUGUUUAAAACAAUUGUGAUCAUUUACAGAAGAAGAACAACCUGGUUUAGCAUUCUAAGCUUUAGCUUACUGUAUUGGUGUACACUGCAACGAGGAGAUACCAAGUUUAAAAAAAAAAAGAAGUUACUAUUACUGUACCACAAUGGGUCUGUGGCCUGCUGAAGCAAGCCGCCCUUUAUGACGAGUAUUACUUUAUCUGUUGUUGGUUUUUCCACUGGCCUUCUAGCACUGGUCCCUCACUGCGUUGUGUUGUUGUGCUAUAUGCUAUCCUGUAAAACUUGUGAUACUGAACAACACUACUAUAACCUCCUCUGACUGUAGACUAAUGAUGAUGUUGGUGAUGAUUUUAAUGAUUCCAAUCAUGAUGAACCGUACCAUGGCAGAACUGUGUCGCUUCUCCUGAGGUAUGUAAAAUAGAUUGACCACACUACGUGUAAUAUGGCUACGUUUUAUUCUAAAUAAAAAUUUUAUAACAA